AUGAUAAAAUAAAAUAAAAUAAAAUGAAGUAUAAAUGCUGCUAUUUUUGGUGUCACUGUUAAGAGUUUACAUUCCUGAUAAUUACCAAAUACAUUUUAUUCAGCUAGAGGACAUUGCCUCCCUAUGUUUUGUUUAUUUAAGUCAUGUGACAGGAGAAACUAUUACAGUAGCAUCGGCUGGGUUUGCUAAAAGGAAUAGAAAUAUAACAAAAAAUAAAAAUAAAAAAUAUACUAUAUCUGCAAACUUUUUCCAAGAUUUUAAAGCUGGAAGUGAACGCAUGGUGGCGCUGUUGACUAAAAAAAGCGAAUCUACCAUAGACUGCUAAUAAUACUACUCUGACAUACACACGGAUCUAGUGCGGUAGUGCGGUAAACUAGGGGUUGAGCCUGGGCAGAUUUUUAAACAAGCAAAUCUGAUUCUCUGGAAGAGACUAUUUGCUAAGUUGGACAUAAAAGCCUUUUCGCUCCCCUGUGGUGUCCGAGAUUUGACUUGGCGAUAUUCCUUGGAAGAACAUGGUAGACUGUACAAUGGAGACCAGAAAGGAGCAUUUUCUUACACAAAGGCAAGUCUUGCUUCUCUUUGUUUUACUGGGUGGGUCUGUGGCUGAGUCCCUGUUCAGACGCUAUUCUGUGGCUGAGGAAAAAGGGAGGGGCUUUUUAAUAGCGAAUCUGGCAAAAGAUCUGGGGCUGAGGGUAGAGGAAUUGGCCGAAAGGGGAACGCAAGUUGUUUCCAAAGGGAACAAACUGCUUUUUCAGCUCAGUUAUGAAACUGGUGAUUUACUCCUAAAUAAGAAAUUGGACCGGGAGGAGUUAUGCGGUUCCAGAGAGCCAUGUAUACUGCAUUUUCAGGUAUUACUGCAUAACCCUUUGCAGUUUAUUACAAAUGAACUCCAGGUCAUAGAUGUAAAUGACCAUUCUCCUGUAUUCUUUGAAAAUGAAAUGGAGCUGAAAAUCCUAGAAAGCUCUUCACCAGGGACAGUGAUUUCUUUGGGAAAUGCUGAGGACUUGGAUGUGGGAACAAACAGUCUUCAAAACUACACUAUCUCGCCCAAUUCUCAUUUCCACGUUCUCACACGCAGUCGGAGGGAUGGAAGGAAGUACCCAGAAUUAGUGUUGGACAAAGCCCUGGAUAGGGAGGAGCUGCCUGAGCUCAGUUUAACGCUCACAGCGCUGGAUGGAGGCUCGCCACCACGGUCUGGAACAGCCCAGAUUCAUAUCCGGGUCUCAGACAUAAAUGACAAUGCCCCAGAAUUCGAACAAUCGCUCUACGAAGUUCAGAUUCCAGAGAACAGUCCUGUUGAUUCUGUCAUUCUCACGGUCUCAGCUUCUGAUUUAGAUACAGAAAAUUUUGGGGCAAUAUCAUAUGCAUUUUUUCAUGCUUCUGAAGAAAUUCUCAAAACUUUUAAACUAAAUCCUAUUACGGGUGAUAUACAACUAAUCAAAUACUUGAAUUUUGAAGAAAUUAAUAAUUAUGAAGUCGACAUAGAGGCCAAAGAUGGUGGGGGUCUUUCGGGAAAAUCCACAGUCAUAGUUCAAGUAGUUGACGUGAAUGACAACCCACCAGAACUGACUUUGUCCUCAGUUAACAGCCCUAUCCCUGAGAACUCUGCAGAGACUGUGGUGGCUGUUUUCAGUGUUUCUGAUCUAGACUCUGGUGACAAUGGAAGAGUAAAGUGCUCCAUACAGAACAAUCUCCCUUUCAUCCUGAAACCAUAUAUAGAGAAUUUUUACACAAUUGUGUCUGAAGAAGCCCUGGACCGAGAGAGCAGAUCUGAGUACAACAUCACCAUCACGGUCACCGACUUGGGCACACCCAGGCUGAGAACCCAGCACAACCUAACCGUGCAGAGACUGGUGGCUGUUUUCAGUGUUUCUGAUCUAGACUCUGGUGACAAUGGAAGAGUAAAGUGCUCCAUACAGAACAAUCUCCCUUUCAUCCUGAAACCAUAUAUAGAGAAUUUUUACACAAUUGUGUCUGAAGAAAACCUGGACCGAGAGAGCAGAUCUGAGUACAACAUCACCAUCACGGUCACCGACUUGGGCACACCCAGGCUGAGAACCCAGCACAACCUAACCGUGCAGGUCUCCGACGUCAACGACAACGCCCCGACCUUCACCCAGGCCUCCUACACCCUGCUGGUCCCCGAGAACAACAGCCCCGCCCUGCACAUCGGCACCGUCAGCGCCACGGACAGAGACUCGGGCGCCAACGCCCAGCUCACCUACUCGCUGCUGCCGCCCCGAGACCCGCAGCCCGGCCUCGCCUCGCUCGUGUCCGUCAACGCCGACACAAUGGAGACUGCACUAGCAACCACACUGCACAAAAGGCAAGUGAUUUUUCUUGUUACGCUGUUGUUUUUCGGGGGUGCUGGCUCUGAGGCAAUUAGGUAUUCGAUGCCAGAAGAAACAGAAAGUGGCUACCUUGUAGCCAACCUGGCAGAAGAUCUGGGGCUCAGGGUGGGGGAACUGGCCACUCGAGGAGCGCGAAUCCAUUGCAAAGGAAAGAAACAGCUCUUGCAGCUCGAUGUAAAGACUGGCAAUUUGCUUCUACAAGAAAAGCUAGACCGGGAGGGGCUGUGCGGGGCGACAGAACCCUGUAUGUUGCAUUUCCAACUGUUACUGGAAAACCCGGUGCAGUUUUUUCAAGGCGAUGUGCAACUCACAGAUAUAAAUGACCAUUCUCCAGAGUUCUUAGAGAGGGAAAUGCUCCUUAAAAUCCAAGAGAACGUCCAGCCAGGGACUAUGUUUCCUUUGAAAAUAGCCCAGGACUUUGACAUAGGGAGCAACGCUGUUCAGAAUUACACAAUCAGCCCCAACUCCCAUUUUCAUGUGGUGACUCACAAUCGCGGAGAUGGCAGAAAAUAUCCAGAACUGGUUCUGGAUAAAACGCUGGACCGAGAGGAUCAGCCUGAGUUCAGUUUAACGCUCAUGGCGCUGGAUGGUGGGGUUCCGCCCAGGUCCGGGACCUCAACAGUACACGUUGAAGUCCUAGACAUCAAUGACAAUGCUCCUGGAUUUUUACAGUCGCUCUAUGAAGUACAGAUUCCUGAGAACAGUCCCCUUAAUUCCAUUGUAGUGGUCGUCUCUGCCCGAGAUUUAGACGCAGGAACACAUGGACAUGUAGUCUAUGCUGUAUUUCAUGGUGAUGAAGUUACUCAACCAUUUGUAAUAGAUGAAACAACAGGAGAAAUUCGUCUGAAACAGAUGUUGGAUUUCGAGGAAAAUCAGUAUUAUAACUUGGAAAUUGUAGCCAUGGACAGUGGGGGCCUCUCAGAGAAAUGCACUGUGGCUAUAGAGGUGUUAGAUGUGAAUGACAAUGCCCCUGAACUGACCAUGUCCACGCUCAGCAGAUCCAUCCUAGAAAACUCUCCAGAGACUGUAAUUGCCAUAUUCAGUGUUUUUGAUCCAGAUUCCGGGGACAAUGGUAGAGUAGUUUGCUCCAUCCAAAACGACGUCCCCUUUCUUUUGAAGCCUUCUUUCGAGAACUUUUACACCCUGGUCACAGAGGGUGCACUGGACAGAGAAAAGAAGUCAGAGUACAGCAUCACCAUCACGGUCACCGACUUGGGCACACCCAGGCUGAGAACCCAGCACAACCUAACCGUGCAGGUCUCCGACGUCAACGACAACGCCCCGACCUUCACCCAGGCCUCCUACACCCUGCUGGUCCCCGAGAACAACAGCCCCGCCCUGCACAUCGGCACCGUCAGCGCCACGGACAGAGACUCGGGCGCCAACGCCCAGCUCACCUACUCGCUGCUGCCGCCCCGAGACCCGCAGCCCGCUUGCACCAAAUCUGAUUUACUGAUGGCUCUGGUGAACUACAUUCUGGAUUUACUGAGGUUUGACACCAGGGUCUUACCACUGAGCUACACCUCAGUGCAAUUGACUUACUGA